AGUACAGAUCCACUCGAAUAACUAUACGUUGGCAGGUGGAGAAGGUUCAGUAUCAGGUGAUCAAACUCACUACUUAAGUGGCAUGUGCAUAACUAUCGUAGUUCACUUAGUUUUGCAAGAUCGGACUUGUCUGUAUCAUAACCACCGAGUACUUCGUUGCUGGUUUCCCCGCUGGGCCUCCUAAGAAAACAGGGGCUUAUGAUACUUCAUCCUCCAACAAUGGAUCUUCCUUCAGAUUCGGAAGACUAUAUCCCAGAUUAUACAAGCCAGUCUCACUAUAGCUGCUAUUGCGACCCGCACAGCUGCUUCUUAUACAGUAGGAAGAGUCCUCAAUGCCACACGCCUAGGUACAGAGAGAUAAUACAGACAUGGGUUCCAUACUUAUAUACCUGUUGUCAGUGCGAAGAUGGACCAAAGGCAUAUGAUUCUCAACCCCGGUGCAUAGUCUGCAAUCAUUCUGUUUGUUCACAAUGUACCCAUGUAAGGUAACAUGGUAUUAUCAAGUGGUUUAUUUUGACACCAGAAAUCCAUCUUGAUAAUUUCUAGAU